CACAUGUAUAAAUGGCAAGUUGUGUUGUUGAAGAAGUAAUGUUUGUGCAACCAAUUAUUCAUCGAAAUGGUGUGACGAUCUUCUAUUGAAAUACGAAAUAUGACCGAAAACUCUUCGUCUACUUCUAGGGAAGCCUGCGAAAUAAGAAGAACUUGCUCUGGUGAUGAUCCAGAUAGGAAGCAUUGCUGGGUGUGCUUUGCGACAGAGGACGAUGACAGACAGGCGGCGUGGGUGCGUCCGUGCCGAUGCCGCGGCACGACCAAGUGGGUGCAUCAGCAGUGUCUGCAGCGAUGGAUCGACGAGAAGCAGAAGGGAAAUGCAAACAGCCCGGUGUCGUGUCCCCAGUGUAGCACCGAGUACAUCAUUAUAUAUCCCAAGCUAGGUAGCACUGUCUAUGUGCUGGACCUUGUUGAUAGGCUCGUGUAUAAGGUGUGUCCAUUUGUCGCAGCCGGACUCGUUGUAGGUUCCAUAUACUGGACAGCAGUCACUUAUGGAGCCGUCACAGUCAUGCAGGUUCUUGGCCACAAGGAGGGUUUGAACGUGAUGGAACAGGCUGACCCUCUCUUCCUGCUCAUCGGUCUGCCAACGAUUCCGAUCACGCUCAUCCUCGGUAAGAUGAUCCGCUGGGAGGACUAUGUGCUGCGCGUCUGGCGCAAGCACUCGCCACACCUGCCGCUGCUGGGUCACCUCUUUCCAGAAGGCGCGUACAGGGUGCUGGCCCCGCCCGACGAUAUCCCAGCUUUCUCAGGGCCGUUGUCAGCUACAAGAGUCAUGUGUGGUGCCAUGAUUCUGCCAACUGUUGCAACUAUCUGUGGGAAGAUGAUGUUCAACUCUGUACAGAGUAACCUUCAAAGAACAAUACUGGGUGGCAUCGCCUUCAUCGUGCUGAAGGGAGCUAUUAAGCUAUACUUCAAGCAGCAGAACUACUACCGAAGAUUAAACCGCUGCAUCGUGGACUUUGAUGAGGGCGUGGCAUUGCGACAGCAGCAGCAGCAGCAGGAGGAUGAGGAUGAGGAUGAUGAAGCUGUGGAGUUGUUACAGGAGGUAGCGAGCGUCGGCGCGGGGGAAUCUGAAGCCAGCAUCUCCGUCUCGGAAUCGGACGACAACGAGGCUGCGGCGUAAUCAACGAGAACCGAGUGCGCAGCUCGUCAGGAACUGUCCACCUGCCCCCCCCCCCCGAUUCCCCGGUCGGUGUGCAAUUCCACUUCUUCUGCCAAUUUAUGUGAAUGUUACAUUCUUCCCCUGUCCUGCGCACCUAUGUGUACCUGGGGACGUACACACCUAUAUACACCCUGGGACGUACACACCUGUAUACACCCAGGGCCAUCCACACCUAUAUACUCCCGGGGGACGUACACACCUGUGUACACCGGUGGACGUACAC